AUGUUUCUACUACCAGCAUAUCUAUUAAGUAUAACCAUUGUUUUUAUUACUAAAUGCCAUGGACAAUUUGAUCAAAGUCUGUGUCCGGAUGGACCGGACAAGACGAUCAGCCCAAACUGGCACACUAUACCACCACGUUUUGAAGUAACAACUGAAUUAGUUUCAGGAAAUGAUGUGAUGGAAUUAUCACAAGCUUUUUCACCAACACGUGAUGCUAUCAUAAUGAGUACUAUAAAAGGUCCAGUACAAUCUUAUUGGGACUUUUCAACUAAUGAAACAUUCAAUGUGUUAACUGCUGUUGUCUCUCAAACUGUACUACCGAUAUGUGCGAAACAAGAAAUUACUUCUCAAACAGAAACAAGUAUUAUUCUACCAAAAACUUUGACUGUUAAACCAUCAGUUCUUCUCGGUUAUGAUCCACGUAAUCAACGAAAUACUCAAUGGGGUAUUCGUUAUGAUGGUGAUGAAGAUUUACGUGGUAUACCUACAAAUCGAUUUAGAUCAUGUUUUUAUCUAAGUGAUAUCCAAGCAACAGUAUCAGCUGCCUAUUACGUAUCUGAUGUCAACAAAUUUCAAGCUUAUUUACCACCAGGUACAAGUAUUAUUUUAAGACUAGAUGUAAAUAUAUCACAUCCAACCAAAGGGCGAGAUACAUAUGCAUAUAAUGUUUUCCGUUAUACACCUAAUCCACGAAGACAUGAAGAGCGUCAAGCAUUAGAAACACCACAAGGUGUAUUUUGCGCAAAUCGAAUAUCAACACUUGCUGUACCAUCGAAUAUUCCUGACAGAAUUAGCGCAAAUAGUGAAUUGUUUGUACCAAAUUUUAACAGUUCCAUAGUUAGCUCACAUAAUUUAUAUGAUACAGAAUUUCAAUUUACUCGUUUUGAUGCUUGGUAUGCUGAUCCUAAUGGUGGACCAAGAUGGUUUCAUUUUACUGAAAUUCAUGAUUUUGCUGUUGGUCUUAGUUAUCAAUAUAAUCAUAGCAAUUAUCAAUGUACAGUUCGUGAUAUCAAUACAGGUGGUAAUGAUGCUAUACCUAGCGAUGGUAAUCCAAAUCUACUACAAAUGGGUAGUCCUCAACAUUUACUUUUAAUGGAUGAUAUUGCAUACCAAUAUACUGGUGAAAAACAAUGCCGUGAUCGAGUUUGGUGUCAUGUAUGGAUUGGUGAAAAACAAAUCGCAAAUGGUUCACUUGAACAUCGAGAAUGGUAUUGGGCAGCGAGUGUUAAUGAAGAACAAUUAGAACACUGGAUUCCUACGAGAUUAGUCAUAAAACGAUACUCAUCUGAAACUUUGGUGUUUUCUUAUGAAUUCAAUAUUUUCAAUUAUCGUCGUCGUCCGAUGACAAUAUUUGAAAUCGAUUAUACAUUAGCUAACUGUUAUCGUGCUUUGGGUCCAGCUGCAAAUUACAGCCUUGCAGUUUUGUCAUUUAAAAUAGCAAAUGAUAAAAAUUAUCCAGUAUUUGAAAAUUUAAACUAUCUACGUCUUCACAUAUUUGAACAAUUAAUGUUUACAAUGUUUGUUCGACCAAUACGUAUCUCAAAUUUAGUUGUCGAUCGAGAUAAUACUGAUAUUAUAGUUACAUUUACAUUACUUGAUAUACCACCACGUACUGGACCUGUAGAAAAUCCAUUAAAAGAAUCAUCAUUAGAUACAGUUAUCGAACGUCUUGCAAAAAUAAUUGAUUCUAAUGGUCUUGCUUUUCGUGCUCAAUAUGGUGAAUCAAAACAAGUUACUUUACGUGCACGUAGUAAUUCACUUAAUGUUGCUCGAAAUACACAAGUAAAAUGGAUGACUACAGGUUCAAAAGUAACUGGACUUUGGAUUGGCUUUAUUAUUAUUGGUCUCUUAGUUGGAGUAGUUGGCGGCUUCUUUGUAUUUCGACAACUGGCAAAAUAG